AUGGCAACCUUCUCCCUCAACUCUGCCAAGACCGACGACCGCACCUUCUCAGCCCUCUCGACAGUCUCGGCUAUCAAACGAGCAGCAUCCCAUCACCAGCUGCAGACCGAACAGCCCACUCGAACCCCCGAUAGAAGCAAAGAACCAUCCCGACUGUCUCUCGCAGGUGGUCUCCGCUCCCAGCAGAUGCCCACCAAGGAAACCAGCCUCGCUCAACCCUCUCGUUCGAUCCCUCCCGUCAGCCGACCCGCCCAACCCCUCCGCAACCCAUCCGGAGCCACAUCGACAAGCACCCGAUCCGCUGCUCACUAUCGUCAGCCUCCGCCUCAUCAGCUCAAUAGCCCUCACCACCACCACCAUCCCCCGCCCAGUCCAUCCCACCCACAUCUUCAUCCCUCCGCUGCCCAAGUGCCUUCUAAUCUGACCAACUCUCACUCCAAUCCGUCCGCCCACCGUCAUCCAUUAUCCUAUGGCGAUCAUCAUCAACUCCUACCACAAAAUCAGAAGAAAUCGAUCGCUCCUCGUUCCCACAAACAUGCACCAAUAGAAAUCAGUAGCAAGAAGCCAGUGACACGAAAACGGACGGUCGUCGAGGUUCCGAAGGUCGAACGACGAGACCCACGGUUUGAUAAGGCCCAAAAAGAAAUUAUACUCACUGAUCGAUACAACCAUCUGUCUCAAAAUAAAUCUAAACUGCACAAGUCGAUCGAAAAGAAGAGAAAGAAAGUCGAUGGGAAAGAGAAGAAGUCGAUGCCCUUCAAACGUCAACGUCCAUCAGAUUAA